ACUAUUGCACAAGAUGGCGACUUACUCAAAGAAAAAACGUGUUGACUUGGAGGAAAAGGAGUCCGAUUCCAGUGAUGAUAACGACGAAAUGGAAAAUGAUGACAUUGGAGAUGAUAAAGAUGAAGAUUGUGAUUCUUCUGAUGAAGAAAUAAAUGAGGAAGUUCAGAUAGAAUUUGAAGCGUUUCCUCCCCAAGAUAAUGACUUUCAUGGCAUCAAGCGACUGUUGCAGCACCUUUUUUCAAAGACCAAAGUGAAUACCAGUCAACUUACCGAUCUGAUACUAUCCCAGAAUCAUGUUGGUUGUGUAUUAAAGCAAAGUGAUGCUCAACUUGCAGAAGAGAGUGACUCUGAUGAUAAUGAUGAUGAUGAUGUGUUUGGAUUUACUACAGUACUGAACAUCAUUGAGAAGAAGAACACUGAAUGCAUCCAAGAAAUCCACAAGCUUAUAGUGGAUAAAUGUUCAGCCUGCAACUCAGUCGAACAGGUCGAUGAACUGUCCAGGAUUCUUGGGGACGAGUCACACAAUGUUGGUCUUCUGCUGUGCGAGCGCUUUGUUAACAUACCUCAUCAGCUCGCUCCUCCUCUCCACAGUAGCCUCCAGAGUGACAUCAGAAGAGCAGGAGCUAAAAACCCUCAUCUUAAGUUUGACUACUAUCUCCUAAUGAGCAGAGCCUAUCAGCAGCCCAAACCCCCAUCCAAGAAGAAAAAGACUCCAGACAUCGAUAGCAUAGACUGGAUUUUCACCAAUGCUGAAGACGAAAUCUUUCUCAAGGAGUCUGUUCUAAACCUGCACUACCCCAGCCAAAUGGACCAGGCCGGAGCAGUGGGUGGGAAGUGGUCGGAAGACGACGCAGAGAUGAAAACAUUCCGUGUUGUCAUGGUUGUACCUGCAAGCAAAAUGAACAAUAUCCUCACAGAGAUACAAGAGGUGUUUGCUGUGUGAUGCGACUGAUAGAAAGACAAUCAACAGAUUAUAGACAGAUCACUCUUUUUCUUAGAAAAUGCUUUGAAGAAAUUCCUUGGAUGCUACACCGUUGUCGCCGUCUUGGAAGGCUUGGAAGGUUGACACCUCUUUCUCUUCACACUUCGAAGCACUUCCUUUGACAAGAAAAGGAGAUAUUACAGCAUUCAACCGACAAAAACAUUUCCUUUAUCUUGCUUUGAAAUUCCUGAAGUUAAAAAAAUGCUCAUGUAGAUUAAUUUACCAAGAGGAUAGAUAAAGAGAGAUUACAUGGAUAGACUAUCAAUAUUGAAUGUGUUAGAUAUCAUAUUUUUAAACAAGUCAGCAAGCUAUUGUCCAUUGAUACGUCUCCAUCCAUCUACAGGGCCAAUUGCUGCGUGCCCAAUUGUUGCUUAUUUCCUUUCUAUCAUGAUGUCCUGAUUAUAAUAAAGAUUGACAAUUCGAUUGUUUACUCUAAUAGAUGACUUAAUAUCAGGAAUGGAGACAUUUCCUCCCUUUCUUUCAUUUAGUUUAGAGCCUAUCUGCACUCCUCGAUCUACUUUCACCCUCUAUAUAGCCUAAUAUAUAUUUGCCUAAGCAGAACCUGUUGAUCCUCCAUGAUCCCCCUUUUCUUAUAUUAAUUGAUGAGAUAGCCACCUGUCAGUGACCACAGCAGGAAGG